GUUGGGGGUGUGAAUAUGGGAAGUCGCCGGCUGCGCACUGCGCUGGGAGAGAACGAGAAAGGGAGGGGGACCCGGGGAGCGAGCGAGUGAGAGAGAGAAAGAGAGAGGGGGAAAAAAAGAGAAAAAGCUGCAGCUGAGAGCUGUGUCUGUUUCACCUUCUGAAAAACAGGAAGACACGCGCUGUAACCCACCUGCUCCGCAUUUUCUCAAAUGUUAGACGCCCCUGAAGACGCCGGGCUGGCAAUACUCUUCUUCGCAUGGCCAAAUAACUUGAAAAACUAGCUGCCAGGUGGAUUCAAAUCUAAGAAAUAAAAACUUUUUUAGUACAGUUGGCCGAUCGCAGAAGACGCCGACAUAGCUACAUAAAAAAAGAUGCUGUGCCUACCCACCACCCUUGAAGUCUCAAUCAUGGAGCGUCACAGGAAAUAAGUAUCCUAAGGCGACACCAGGUCCAUAUGGUUCUGCUGGUGGGCAGACCCUGCCAUGCCUCCCGCCAUGACCGAUAUGCUGGACAUUUGGGCGGCCAACUCGCAGCUCUCCGAUGAGGACUGCGUCCCCGUGGACUUCCUGCUCCCCACUGGCAUCUACAUCCAGAUGGACGUGCCCCGGGAAGCUACCAUACAGCACAUCAAACUGCUCCUAUGGAAGCAGGCGCAGGCCUACCCCCUGUUCAGCUUCCUGGGGGAAAUGGAGUCCCACAUGUUCGAGUGCGUCAACCAGUCGGCGGUUCACGAGGAGCUGGAGGACGAGACGCGGCGGCUGUGUGACGUGCGGCCCUUCCUGCCCGUGCUCAAGCUGGUCACCCGCAACUGCGGCCGCGCCGAGCGCCUGCUCGACUCCAAGAUCGGCGUGCUCAUCGGCAAAGGUCUCCACGAGUUGGACGCUCUCCAGGACCAGGAGGUGAAGGACUUCCGCUCAAAGAUGUUCCGCAUCAGCGAGGAGAACAUGCAGCGGGUGCAGAUGAUGACGUGGAUGGAGUGGUUGCACAGCUGCUUCGCCCCGCAGCUGGAGUCUGGAGGCACAGAGAUGCUGCAGGAGAGGCUGUACGAGGGCACCCUGAAGGUCACCAUGCACUUCGACCAGUCCCAGGACACCGUCAGCCUGAAGGUGGCCCCCAACACCACGCCCAACGAGCUGACCGAGCAGGCGGUGCGGAAGUGGCUGACCACUCACGGGCCGGAGGAGGAGAAGAUAGGCUGGAGCGAGUACGUGCUGCGCGUCAGCGGAAAGCUGGAGUUCCUGUUCGGAGAGCACCCCCUCGUCCACUACAAGUACAUAAAGUCCUGUGUGAUUGCGAAGGAGAGUCCACAUCUCACCCUGGUGCACAGCAGCACGGUUCAGGAACUGUUCAAGAAGGAGAUCUCGGCCAUUGGAGCUGUGGUCAACCGCAAGACCUCCAACGCUCCGUUGCCCCUGCCUCCCAAGAGGAGAGGACCCUCUCAAGUGCAGACUUGUGUUUGGGAUGUCCAUGCACUGUUUAAGAUCGUUUUGGUCAAAGGGUGCAAAGUCAAUGCAGAGGAGACUGCCAAGGUGCACGUGCGGGCGGGGCUCUUCCACGGCACGGAGCUUCUGUGCAAGCCGGCGGUGAGCAGCGAGAGCAGCGGGCGGAGCGAGCACGUGUGGAACCGCACGCUGGACUUCGACAUCGCCGUCAGCGACCUGCCCCGCAUGGCCCGCCUCUGCUUCGUCGUGUACGCCGUCAUGGACAAGGUCAAGAAGCAGAAGUCCACCAAGAACGCCCACAUCCACAAGUACCAGACCAUCCGCAAGGCCGGAAAAGUGCACUAUCCCAUUGCCUGGGUCAACACCAUGGUGUUUGACUACAAAGGACAGCUAAAGACUGGAGACAUCAUUCUGCACAGCUGGUCUUCUUUUCCUGAUGAACUUGAAGAGAUGUUGAAUCCCAUUGGCACCAUACAGACCAACCCAUACACUGAGAACGCUACUGCUUUGCACAUCCAGUUGCCUGAAUACUCCUCCUCCCCUGUCGUUUUCCCUCCCUUCGAUAAGAUUUUGGAAAAAGCCGCGGAGAUUGCCCGUGGCAGCGACUCCUUGCCUAUGGUGGGCCGCGGGGGUAAGAAGUUUCACAUAGAGCUGAAGGAGAUCAUGGAGAGAGACCCUCUGUCCCAGCUGUGCGAGAACGAGAAGGACCUCAUCUGGACACUACGCUACGACUGCCGGGAGAACUUUCCCCAAUCCCUUCCCAAACUGCUGCUGUCCGUGAAAUGGAGCAAACACGAGGAUAUGGCACAGCUGCAGGCCCUGCUGCAGAUCUGGCCCAAGCUCAGCCCUCGGGACGCCCUGGAGCUGCUGGACUUCAACUACCCCGACCAGUACGUGCGGGAGUACGCCGUCGCCUGCCUGAGGCACAUGAGCGAUGAGGAGCUGUCCCAGUACCUCCUGCAGCUGGUCCAGGUCCUGCGCUACGAGCCCUACUACGACUGCGCCCUGACCCGCUUCCUGCUGGAGCGGGCCCAGGCCAACCGCAAGAUCGGACACUUCCUGUUCUGGCAUCUGAGGUCAGAGAUCCACAUGCCCGCCGUCUCCGUGCAGUUUGCCCUGAUCCUGGAGGCCUACUGUCGCGGCAGCAUCCCUCACAUUGAGGUCCUUAAGAAACAGGUGGAGGCACUAAGCAAGUUGAAGGCCGUGAACGAGCUGAUCAAGCUGGGCACCAUCAAAAACGCCCGAAACAAGACCAAGGAGGCCAUGCUGACCAAAGAGGCCAUGAUGACCUGCCUGCGGCAGACUGGCUACGCCGAGACGCUGUCCGACCUCCACUCCCCCCUCAACCCCAGCAUCAUCCUCUCAGGGAUCAAUGUGGAGAAGUGCAGAUACAUGGAUUCGAAGAUGAAGCCUUUGUGGAUUGUGUACAACAACAAGCUCCUGGGGGGUGACACACUAGGCAUCAUUUUCAAGAAUGGAGAUGACCUGCGGCAGGAUAUGCUCACUUUGCAGAUCCUGGGUUUGAUGGACCUGCUUUGGAAGGAGGCCAACUUGGACCUUAGAAUCGUGCCUUACGGAUGCCUAGCGACGGGAGACCGGUCCGGCCUGAUCGAGGUGGUGUCGGCUGCGGAGACCAUCGCCAAUAUCCAGCUGACCAGCAGCAACGUGGCGGCGGCCGCUGCCUUCAACAAAGACGCCCUGCUCAACUGGCUCAAGGAGAAGAACUCUGGAGAUGCCCUGGACCGUGCCAUUGAGGAGUUCACCCUGUCCUGUGCCGGCUACUGUGUAGCCACCUACGUGCUGGGCAUCGGGGACAGGCAUAGCGACAACAUCAUGGUCCGCAGCACUGGGCAGCUCUUUCACAUUGACUUUGGACAUAUCCUGGGGAACUUCAAGUCCAAGUUUGGAAUCAAAAGGGAGAGGGUUCCUUUCAUCCUUACCCACGACUUCAUCCACGUCAUCCAGCAGGGCAAGACGGGGAACACGGAGAAAUUUGGCAGUUUUCGGCAGUACUGCGAGGACGCCUACCUGAUCCUCCGGAGGAACGGGAAUCUCUUCAUCACCCUGUUCGCCCUGAUGCUGACCGCUGGCCUGCCAGAGCUCACCUCUGUCAAAGACAUUCAGUAUCUAAAGGACUCGCUGGCCCUGGGGAAGACUGACGAGGAAGCGCUCAAACAAUUCCGCCAGAAGUUCGACGAGGCACUCAGAGAGAGCUGGACCACCAAAGUGAACUGGAUGGCACACAAUGUGGCCAAAGACAACCGGUCCUAGUGCCAGACUGCAGACCACUGACCAAUCAGCGCACUAAAGAAGGGAACUGAGGAUGCGGAGCACCACGUGAGCGGGGCAGAGCUUCCUAUCAGUGACACCCCCCACCCAAAAAAACUAAACAAAGAAAAAACCCUGCACUCUAAGCUACUCUGCCUCCUCGUGGACCUUGACCAGGACAAUGUCUGUUGUUCAUUUUGGUUUCCUUCAUUCUGUAACAUAUCUGUGUAGAUGGUAAUCACGUGUUGCGGAAUUUGCACGCUGAAAGGACCCGAUAUCCCUGUGUUGUGUUGUUGUGGAACAGCCAAGGGGGAAAGGUGAAAGAGGUCCUGCCUCCACCUUACACUGUAGCCAUGCCCUGACUGUCUAAGGCUUUAUUUCAGCUAGAGUAAGAGGGAAACGUAGAUUGAAUGACAUAGGCACAGCAGCUCUAAUCCUGUAUAGCCUUGAAGAUGUAAUACAGAAAAAAGGGGGGUGAGUUGCUGAGGUCAAAGGUCGCCAGGCCUCCAAGCUACAAAUAGAAAGCAUCUUUCCCCUAAUGUCUGAGGGGACAGUCCCAUGCUCUCCAUCUGAAAGGCUAACGGCCAGCACGGUUAACGGACACGAAGCCGCCUUUACCCAAGUCUUAAACGACGCCAAAAUGUACACGCCUGAGCAAAGUGCAUUUCUUAACUGUUCAUAGCGAUGGCUCCUUUGGGAAGAUUUCAGACACGUGCCUCAGACUGUGGGGUUUUUUAAAUGUCUUUUUUGUUUUGGUUUUCUUUUUUUGUUUGUUUUUUAUGUCUAUGUGCCAGACUACUUCAGAACUGUAAAGAGAGCCUUGAGCCUUGAGCCUUGGUCCGGGUUCAGACCACCGCCGCCAAUUUGGACCGCUAAACACUGGAAUCUCAUUGUGCGGAGAUGCUUCGAGUCGGGUUCCCGGAAUUUCACAGAAAGAAGAGUGUUUUAAACAUGUAAUUCACUUCUGCUUUUUAACGAAGAUUUUUUUGAAAAUCAUUUCACCUGAAAAGACUGUCUGGAAAAAACAGAAAGUACCUCUUCAAGUUCGGGGAUGCAUACAGUAAUUGCCCUAUGUUGGUGAUGCGUAGGAAGAGGGUAUCUCAUUCCAAGGGUUCAAGGGUCACAUGGCAGGGGUUUGAGUCUGGGCGGGUCUCGCUGCUUCAGAACAGUGAGUAAAUAUCUGAGGCUUCGUGUCACAUGACUCUCCCAUUCUCUCACGGUCCUCAGUUUCAAAUAGUAACUUGUCUAAUGCCGUUUGCUAAACGCAAAUAGUUACCAUAGACAAUUUUGGUGGUAAUUGUACAAAGGACUUGCAAAAGAAAAUAAUACCAAUAACUUUGAUCCAGGACCAAAAUGAAACCAGACCAGUCACCUUUCUUUUAUUGUGUUUUCUGCUCAAAGGGGAAUGUAUGUUUUAAAAUGAGGAAUAUGUGGAUUUUAAAUAGUGUCUUUUAUAUCCGCAGAUGUGGGUGGUACUGUGGGUUCAAAAGCAGCCCACUGGUAAGAACUGCCAGCCAGAAAGCAUUAUGGACCAUUUACUUUGAAUGUUUCAAAGCUACUUGUUUUUUUUACAAGGUGCUCUUCCAACAUCUGCAUUUGAUUUUGUGCAAUAUACGUAUAUAGAUAUAUAUAUACACACACAUAUAUAUAUAUAUGAACCUCGGCUCUCUGAGUCUGCUUGUAAUGUAUAUUUCAAUGGGUUCUUAUGUGAUGCUGCUGUACUUCGCACCGGUAGCCUUGAAUUCUUCUUGUAGACACUGAAUAUGUACAGGCUUUGUUUGGUAGAUGUUUUUCAUAGGAAGUUUUAUUAAAGUUAUUUUACCUUUUA